AUGGCGACCGCUGGCACCACUUCCAAGUCCACUAAGGCUCAGUCUUCGCCGCGGCCCAAUGUCUACAAGAUCGUGGUGAUGGGCGCCGGCGCUGUCGGCAAGUCGGCCCUCACCAUCAACUUCGUGGCGCAGCAGUUCGUCGACAGCUACGAUCCUACGAUCGAGGACUCCUACCGCCGCCAGCUCCACAUCGACGACCGCGCGUGCGUGCUCGACAUCCUCGACACGGCAGGCCAGGAGGAAUUCGGCGCCAUGCGCGACCAGUACAUGCGCACCGGCGAGGGCUUCCUCGUGGUCUACGACGUCACCCAGCGCUCCACCUUCGAUGAGAUGAAGCUCUUCCGCAACCAGAUCAGCCGGGCGACCGAAGAUGACAAGACGGCCAUGGUGGUGGCGGCCAACAAGUGCGACCUUCCGCCGCACCUGCACGAGGUGUCGGAGGCCGAGGGCCGGGCAGCCGUGGAGGCCAUGGGCGCCACCUUCCUGCUGACGUCAGCCAAGCAGCGGAUCAAUGUCGACGAGGCCUUCUGCGAGCUGGUGCGCCAGAUCGACCGGCGGCGGGGCGACGCCGGCGAGGGCGGCGUCAAGAAGGCAGGGCUGGGCCUCGGCGGCAAGAAGGCCAAGCUGCUCGCCAAGAAGUGUCCUCUCUUCUGA